GGAUGAAGGUAACGGCGGUAAGAACUACAACACCCAAACAACCCUGCUGCGGCAAACAGUGACGAGACCCUGCUGCUUAUCCGGGGAUGUCACACUGCUGCUAUUUUUCUCCUUCCCAGUCCCUCUCGCUUUCAGCGCACACUUCUUUUGGCGUGAAACGGAGAUUAAAGACACCCAAAAAACGAGCGGAAAAAUGGCAGAGCUUGCUGCAGGGAGCCUGUCGUUGGGGGAUCCUGCUUUUAACUACCAGGAACACGAGCUGAACGAGCGACUCAAGCGGCUUUACCCGGCCGUGAACGAGGAAGAGACCCCUUUACCUCGGUCCUGGAGCCCCAAGGAUAAAUACAGCUACAUCGGGCUGUCACAGAACAACCUGAGGGUCCAUUACAAAGGGCAUGGAAAAAAUCACAAGGAUGCCGCAUCAGUACGAGCCACACAUCCAAUUCCUGCUGCCUGCGGGAUCUACUAUUUUGAAGUCAAAAUUGUCAGUAAAGGUCGAGAUGGCUACAUGGGAAUCGGCUUGUCUGCUCAGGGGGUCAACAUGAACAGACUUCCUGGUUGGGACAAGCACUCAUAUGGUUACCAUGGAGAUGACGGCCACUCCUUCUGCUCCUCUGGGACUGGCCAACCUUAUGGCCCAACUUUCACCACUGGUGAUGUGAUUGGCUGUUGCGUUAACCUCAUCAACAACACUUGCUUUUACACCAAAAAUGGCAUCAGUUUAGGUGUGGCUUUCACAGACCUUCCGCCCAAUCUGUAUCCCACUGUGGGACUUCAAACUCCUGGUGAGAUUGUUGAUGCAAACUUUGGACAGCAGCCAUUUGUCUUUGACAUUGAGGACUACAUGAGUGAAUGGCGAGCUAAGAUCCAUGGUAUGAUCGCUCGCUUUCCAAUAGGAGAACGAUUGGGUGACUGGCAAGCUGUCCUGCAAAAUAUGGUGUCCAGCUACCUAGUCCACCACGGAUAUUAUUCCACUGCCACAGCUUUUGCCAGAGCCACCGAGACCAUGAUACAAGAAGACCAGACAUCUAUAAAGAACAGACAGAGAAUACAGAAACUGGUGCUGGAAGGACGUGUGGGUGAAGCCAUCGAAGCCACUCAGCAACUUUAUCCUGGCCUGUUAGAACACAACCCAAACCUUCUAUUUAUGUUGAAGUGUCGUCAGUUUGUGGAAAUGGUGAACGGUACAGACAGUGAGGUUCGCUGCUUGACCAUUCGCUCUCCCAAGUCCCAGGGCAGUUACCCUGCCUCACCCAAUCUUAGCCCUCGCCAGAGUGCUGGAAAUUCACACUCGCACACUGGAGGUGUAGACAGCCCAACCUGCAGUAACGGGGUGACUCCCACCAAAAAAUCAAAGAGCCACAGCAGUGUUAUUAGCAGCAUCGUCAAAUACCCCAGCACAUCCUCCUCAGCCUCCUCGUCAACCUCCUCCUCACCUUCAUCCAUCAACUACUCAGAGUCUAAUUCCUCUGACUCCACCAAGAGCCAGCCACACAGUGCCAAUAGCAACCAAGAAACCAGUGACAGUGAGAUGGAAAUAGAAGCAGAACACUACACUAAUGGGAUUGUUGAGGUCUCGUCUGCUCGGAUCAUGAACGGCACAUAUAAACAUGAAGAGAUCCUUCAGCCUGACGACAACAGCAUUGGCAAUGGAGUUACGGAAGAUGAGGGAUAUAGAACUAGCAGACAACUUUGUGGAGGGAACCAGGCAGCCACAGAGAGGAUGAUACAAUUUGGGCGGGAGCUGCAAGCACUGAAUGAAAAGCUGUGUCGCGAAUAUGGCAAGAACACCACACACAAGAAGAUGUUGCAGGAUGCAUUCAGUCUGUUAGCGUACUCUGAUCCAUGGAGCUGCCCCGUGGGCCAGCAGUUAGACCCCACGCAGAGAGAGUCACUGUGCUCUGCACUCAACAGCGCCAUUCUGGAGUCCCAAAAUCUGCCCAAGCAGCCUCCUCUGGUGUUAGCACUGGGUCAGGCUACCGAGUGCGUACAGCUUAUGGCUCGGGUCCGAUCUGGUUCCUGCUCCUUUGCCAGAGUAGACAACUUUUUGCUCUAGCCCUUAUGUUGGUUUCUAUUCAGUGCACUGAGAAAGGGCGUGUCCAGCAGGUUGUCAUGGCUACGGAGAAAAAAAGCAUGCGUGUGAUUGGUGUGUUUGGUUGACUAUCAGAAGCGCAGCCGGUAGCCCUGACAAAAGAGCGGAGAGAAGGAGAGUAGAAAAGAAAGCUUCCUUUUUAAUUUAGUAUUAUCAAAUAAACGUGUGACACUA